UAAAUCUAUUCUUCACCACCCGACGCUCACCCCUUUCCCCACGCCCCGGAGAGCUGCAGGAUAGUGGCAGUAUAAAAUAUAUUCGCCCCUAGGAAAGAGGAUAAGACGCCAGGGCAGGAGGGAGAUGAAGAUGGCGGACGCCAAGCAGAAGCGGAACGAGCAGCUAAAGCGGUGGCUGGGCUCGGACACCGACCUCGAGCCGCCCAUCCUCAAGAAAAGCAAGAGCAAGGUGAAGUUCGACGAUGGCGCCGUUUUCUUGGCUGCCUGUUCAAGCGGCGACAGCGACGAGGUUCUCAAACUGCUGGACCGGGGCGCUGACAUCAAUUACGCAAAUGUGGACGGGCUCACCGCCCUCCAUCAGGCCUGUAUAGAUGACAAUAUAGAAAUGGUGACAUUUCUGGUCGAAAAUGGGGCAAGUAUCAACCAGCCCGAUAACGAAGGCUGGAUUCCGCUGCAUGCAGCUGCUUCCUGUGGAUAUCUUGAUAUAGCUGAGUAUUUAAUUCGUCAAGGGGCUGAUGUAGGCGUUGUCAACAGUGAAGGGGAGACUCCACUAGACAUCGCUGAGGAAGAAGCAAUGGAGGAGCUUCUGCAAAAUGAAGUCAAUCGCCAAGGGGUGGAUAUAGAAGCUGUCCGGAAAGAGGAGGAAAGGAUUAUGCUGCGUGAUGCUCACCAGUGGUUAAACAGUGGCCAGAUUAAUGAUGUCAGGCAUGCCAAAUCUGGGGGCACUGCAUUGCAUGUGGCUGCUGCAAAGAGUUAUGUAGAGGUUUUAAAGCUUUUAAUCCAGGCAGGGUAUGAUGUAAAUAUUAAAGAUUAUGACGGUUGGACGCCACUCCAUGCUGCUGCACACUGGGGCAAAGAGGAAGCUUGCCGUGUUUUAGUAGAAAAUCUAUGUGAUAUGGACGCUGUCAACAAAGUGGGUCAAACAGCCUUUGAUGUAGCAGAUGAAGAUGUCCUUGGUUACUUAGAAGAAUUACAAAAGAAGCAAAAAUUGCUUCUUAGCGAGAAACAGGAAAAGAAGUCUCCUUUGAUUGAGACGACGACAACAACGGAGAACAACCAGUUGAUAAAACCAAUCAAGAAUAAAGAGACUCUCCUCAUCGAGCAGGAGAAGAGCAUGCCCCGCAUCGAGUCUCUGGAGCAGGAGAAAGUAGACGAGGAAGAGGAGGGGAAGAAGGAUGAGUCCAGCUGCUCCAGUGAAGAGGAAGAGGAGGAGGACUCAGAGUCUGAAACAGAAGCAGAAAAAAGCAAAACUUUUGCACCUAUGAGUAACAGUACAAAUAGUACCACAACACAGCCAUCCAGCAUGAUGGUAUCUUCUCCAACCAUACCUACAAACCAGGUUACACCAACAUCACCUGUCAAGAAGUUUGCCCCUCCUGCUGGCAAGGUCUCUCCAAAAGAGGAGGAGAGGAAAGACGAGUCUCCCGCCUCGUGGAGGUCUGGUCUACGGAAGACUGGCAGCUAUGGGGCAUUGGCUGAGAUCACAGCAGCAAAGGAGGCACAGAAAGAGAAGGAAACCACUGGAGUGAUGCGGUCGGCUUCUAGUCCUAGACUUUCUUCCACCUUGGACAACAAGGAUAACAAAGGAACCAGACUUGCUUAUGUGGCACCCACAAUACCAUCCAGAAGACUUGCUAGUGCAUCAGACAUUGACGAAAAAGAAAACAGGGACUCUGCUGCUAGUCUGGUACGUAGUGGAUCUUACACACGGCGCAGGUGGGAUGAUGACCUGAAGAACAAUGAAGGAUUAGCUUCCCCGAACAAAAUGCCAGGUUACCAGCGAAGCACUUCUUACUCACUAGCAAUAGGCAGAAGUAGCAGUGCGAGAGAAGUACCAGCUAAAUCUUCAUCUGCCAUCAGCUUGGAUCCUAAUAACACUAAACCUUGGCAGUCCCCCUCGACUCAGUACUCGUCUUACAGCAUUUAUAGAAGUGGAUCUUUUGGGAGAAGGCAGGACGACUUUAGUUCUAGUGUUCCAUCCACCACCUCUCCCUCAUCUGUUACCUCGCCCACUGGCCUACAGAGAAGUCUGCUCUUCAGCUCAAGCAGUAUUACCAAAACCACCACAGCGACGGCUCCAUCAAGCUUAACAAGCAGUACCUCAAGUCGGUUGUGGUCUGACGAAAGUGCGGAAAGGGAGAAAGAUUCUGGGCCGACAUCCCUGGCAGUCAUUCCUACUGUUUGUGCUGCUGCUGCUUCUACUACCACCACCUCCACCACCUCCACCACUGGCACUGUACCCUCGGCCGAUAGCAGGGAGCGCCGCAGGUCGUACCUCACUCCUGUCCGAGAUGAAGAGUCAGAGUCGCAAAGAAAAGCCAGGUCCAGACAAGCGAGGCAGUCAAGAAGGUCCACACAGGGUGUAACACUAACGGAUCUCCAAGAAGCAGAAAAGACUAUUGGCCGUGGCCGUCCAAUUCGAACUCGGGAAGAGGAGAAGGAAAAGGAAGAAAAAGAGAAACAAGACAAAGAAAAACAAGAGGACAAGAAAGAAUUGGAGACACGAGAGGAUGAUUAUCGACAGCGAUACCGGAGCUUUGAAGAGACUUAUCAACGCUACAGGCCAACAAGUGCAUCAACAGCAACUUCAUCUUCCACUUCCACUUCCAGCAGUCCCCUUUCCACAUCUAGCCCGCUCAGUCGGCCUAACAGCCUGAUAGGCAUUACAUCUGCAUACCCCAGCUAUUCUAGGACGUCAAGGGAAACUGAAAAAGAAGCUGAUAAAAAGGAGGAAGAGAAAGAAGGAGAAGAUAAGUCCCAAAUCAAAUCAAUACGUGACAGACGGAGACCCAGGGAAAAACGAAGGUCCACAGGCGUCUCCUUCUGGACACAGGAUAGUGACGAAAAUGAUCAGGAACUGUCAGAUUCAGAAGGAGGAACAAACAGGAAUGAAACCCAGAGCGACAGACUUUCAAGGUAUGAUUCUGGAUUGUCUAGCACUGCUAUUGAUCGUUAUGACCAUCUUAUUGGUCGCAGCAACAGUGAAGGUAGAAAACCAUAUUCUAGCAGACUGGAAAAAGAAGAUACAACAGACUACAAAAAGCUUUACGAACAGAUUGUAGCUGAAAAUGAGAAACUGAAGGCACAAUUACGUGACACAGACUUGCAGCUAGCAGACUUGAAAUUACAAUUGGAGAACACAACACAGAGACAAGAACGGUUUGCUGACAGGUCACUGUUGGAAAUGGAAAAAAGGGAAAGGAGGAUUCUCGAAAGGAGGAUAGCUGAGAUGGAAGAAGAACUCAAGAUGCUACCAGACUUGAAAGCAGACAACCAGAGACUAAAGGAUGAAAAUGGAGCCUUGAUUAGAGUCAUAAGCAAACUUUCCAAGUAAACCAGUUUCUGCAGCAGCACAACUAAUGGUAUUGCACAGUAAUAUUAAUUGCAACAGACAUCAGCUACAAGGCUAAGAUCUCCUUUCCUUCCAUCUGCAGAAACCCCCGACCUAUUUUUGUCAUCCGUUAACCCUAACUAGAUUAUUUUACUGAAACCUGCGGCUGCUGACAAGACUGAAUUUACAGUGAGGAAAAAUUAAGGCCAGGGACGCCUCGAAUAUUUAACCAAUAAGCCUUAGUUGUACAUAAACACUUGCAUCAAGAGCUCUCUGCUGUCACAGAAGAACAGUUACUCAACACAAGAUUAACUGUGCCACAGAGCUUGCAUAUUUUUCUGUUUUUGUUUCAUCGCCUGCUUAGAGGUGUUGUGUGCUGUGCUGUUCUUCUAACCACCCAUGUGCCAGAGGUAUUUUCCUAGUUGCUCAGUGUUCACUCAACUGUCCAGUCUGGAGAGCCCCAACAUCUCACCCAGUUAAUGGAUGUUACUGCAAGGGUUGGUUCUGUUUUUUAAAUGGAGGAAACCAUUUGUCUCACCAUAUUGAACAGGUGGACUUGGUGGAACAUUAGCUUUCACUGUAUGUGCAAUAUGCAUUUAUUUCUUAUAAAAUGCUUUAAUGAGUCCAUUAAAAGUAGAAUUAUAUUGAUUACUUUUCGGCCUUCACCAUUUUGUUUUUUUUUUAGUUUGUAGUAUAAUUGUUGGAUUAUAUACUGUAAUCUUCACUUCACAUUUUAGCCGGUACUGAGUGAGCUGUAUAUAUGUACUGUUUGAGUUUCAACCCACCACAUGGCAUGCAUUAUGCUUCCCUAUUUACAAAAAAUAAAGUCUGUUACUAUUAAAAUGUACAACUGCAGAAAGUGUGUUUUUAACUAAUUUCAAUUAUUUUAUAAUAUAAAUAUUGGAUAUAAGAGCGCUGUCUUAUUUUUUUGAUAGCAUACAGAUCUUAUAUAUAUAUAUGUGUGUGUUCACAAUAGUAAAUGUGUGAAAGGGUAAUAAUAAUUGCUUCACUACGUUUCACACAGUGUAUCUUUGGAAGAGUGCUGUUAUUUAAUUUGAAGUACUAGCCAAAGCAUCACAAAGUGUUGGGUAUUCCUAACCCCAUCCUUUUCACUUUACUGUCUACAUGCACUGUGUAAAUGCCAUUUGAAGAGUCAUUUCUAGUUUUGAGAGUAUCAUGUUGGAGACCAGAAAUCGUAACAUAUAAUUUAUGCAUUUCAGUGGCCUUUUCAAUUAGCUAUAGUGAAUAAGACUAAUUGUCAGCAGCAUUUUUUUCUCCCACAAUCCCCACCCCAGUCAUUGCGUGUAAACAGGAGUGUGACUUCAUACUGGUACACAUUCUGCUGUAACCUAAAACCACUGAAGAUUUCAACCAUUAAAAGAAAUUGUACAUUGUAAAGCUUGUGGUAGCUGUUGUAUUAUCAUUGAUUAUAUUGUAUACUAUAUUAAAUGUGAAUUUAUACCCCCUUCAUAAAAAGCAAAA